ACAAGCAUAAGGUGGCGAGGCAGAAGUGAAGUGCAAAUUUUUCUUGGAAGUGUAAACGCCAGGUUUCAAGAUUCAUUUCCCGCUGAUGUCCUACAGUAGCGAUACGCCGCAUAUUUGGAGUAGCUCGUCUGGUGGAGAGGUAUCUCCGUACGGACCUUUGUGGGACGGCCCGCCCGCGCCGGUGCCUUACCCCGACAUCCUGGCCUUUCCACCCGCCGAUCUGGUGUGGUCGGCUGCGGGAUGCGGCCGUUCAUCAGCUCGCUCGACGCCGGGGGGUAAGAAGCCGCGACGUCGCGUCGCGUCCGUCGCACAGCGUCGCGCCGCCAACAUCCGCGAACGACGACGCAUGUUCAACCUCAAUGAAGCCUUUGACAAGUUGCGACGAAAGGUACCAACAUUCGCAUAUGAGAAGCGCCUCUCUCGCAUCGAGACGCUGCGGCUGGCGAUCACGUACAUAAGCUUCAUGUGUGAACUGCUGCACGGCUCCCCGCAGCCGCACCACCCCUCCCACCCCGCGCUGCACCCCCCACGGCAUGUCUUCGACGCUGAAGUGCCAUGGUGUGCUUAAGAAAUUAAAACCUAGAUACCUAAGUACCUACUUACUAGGUAUAAGCCUUUGCAUGUUUCAUUUUUGAGAUCCGCAGAUAUAUUUUAAGUCUUUUCCUAAUGUUUUAUCUGUUAAAUUGAACAAUACUAUUUAAAAAUAUGCAAACUAACUUUAUUCUAAGCUAUUGUUUAUUGUUAAGUUGUAUUGUACGGUAUCGCAGCUCAUUUAAGUUACUCGGCGUGGAAAAGCCUUGUGGGCAAUGAU